AUGCAUUAUGAUCAGUUUUUCGAGCAGCCUAAUUCUUCACACCAGGAUCAUCGGCCACGUGUGGUUAUUCGCGGCAGCGAUGAACAAGCUUACCAGGCUCCUGCGCCCUUUGUAGCUUCGGCAUCUCCAUCUUUUCGAUCUCACUACGCGGGGAGAGAUCUCCGCUAG